GACACACACACUCACUAUGGCGGCCUCAGAGACGUGCAGCACCGUUCCUGAAUCUCCUGACCCAGAGUCCUGCAAUGGACCACAACUGGACCAGAACCAGGAGAAACACCAGAACAAGAAGGAGGAGGAUGACGAAGACGAGGAAGAUGAAGGAUCUGAACUUCAGGACCAGGAACCUUCAGACCCGGAGUGUGUGGAGGAGAGAUUCCGGAUCGACCGGAAGAAGCUUGAGCUCAUGCUGUACUCUCCUGCAGAAGGUUCUGGACUGUCAGGCGAGGAGUUUUUUGAGAAGGUGAUGAGAGAAACACACACGCAGGUGAAAUGGCCGUCCAAGUUGAAGAUCGGCGCUAAAUCAAAGAAAGAUCCUCAUGUGAAAGUGGAAGGAAAGAGAGCAAAUGUUCUGGAGGCCAAACGGAAGAUUUUGGAGCUUCUAGAGACUAAGGUGAAUAAAGUCACGCUGAAGAUGGACGUCACGCACACGGAGCACUCUCACGUGAUUGGGAAAGGAGGCGGGAACAUUAAGAAGGUGAUGGAGGACACUUCAUGUCACAUUCACUUCCCAGAUUCAAACCGCAACAACAGUGCAGGAGAAAAGAGCAACCAGGUGUCAAUCGCUGGGCCAGUUCAGGGGGUGGAGUCUGCCAGGAGACAGAUCCGGGACCUGCAGCCCCUGGUGCUGACCUUUGACCUCCCUGUGACCCUCGCAGGGGGUGUGGUGUGUGAUACAGGCUCACCUGUGAUUCAGCAUGUGGCUCAGGCGUUUGGAGUGAGCAUCAGCUUCAGGACGCAGCCCAAACUCUACUGCAGCUCCUGCAGCGUGAGAGGAACGCAGGGAAAUGCUGCUUCCGUCAAGAAGGCCACCUGCGUCCUGAUGGAGCUGCUGCUGGGCGCGGAGGCGCUGGCCGGGGUGACGGGGGUGAUGGUGAGCACACAGCUGGACGUGACCUCGCAGCAGCACCUGUUCCUGUUGGGUCAGAACGGAGCAAACUUCCUGACCGUCAUGCAUCAGACGCACACGCAGAUCAUCCUGCCUGACCUCAGCGCUCCCCAACACACACCCUCACUGCUGAUCCAGGGCACGGCCGACGGAGUGUGUGCCGCUCGACAACAGCUCAUGGACUGUCUGCCCGUCUGCCUGAUGUUUGAUUUAAAGGACGAGGGAGAGUCUGACCCUCGGAAGCUCGCCCAGAUGAUGCAGAACCUGGGUGUUUUUAUCAGCGUCAAACCCAAGGUCAAGCAGACAGCGAAGUCAGUGGUUGUUAAAGGUUUGGAGAGAAACAUCAGCAGUCUGUACGAGGCUAGACGUCUGCUGCUAGGUCUGGACACCACUGAGGUUUCCAUGAUGACCAAGAAUGUGUCUGAGGUCUCCGUGAUGACCAAGACCCCUGUGGACCCUCUGGUGGCCAAUAAUGGCAUCACAGGCUACUGGAUCAAUGUACUAAUGCAACAGCUACGCCUCACUGAGACAGGUGCUGUGCCUUCUCCUGAUGCCAUGAUUGGCUCUCUCUCUGGGAAGCCACGCCCCGUGCCUCCUCCCGGAUUGGCUGUUUCCUCAGAAGAUGGACGGAUAGGAAUCAAAGGAUUGGAGUCCAAAUUAGAGAAGAUUCCAGAGACUGAGGAUCAGCCGACACAAGCGGAGACACAGAUGUCACAUGCGGAGGUCACAGAGGUCAGAGAGGUCGUUGUCAAGCCAACUGUCUCCUCAAGAAGAGGCAGCCAAUCAGAGGCCCAGAGGGAGCUGAACCCGCCGCUCACACCUGAAAGGUCUGUGAGAGUGGAGGUGGAUGGUGUUUAUCUGAACAGAGAUAGACGCUGUAGUCUGAGAAUAUUCCCGUCUAUAGACGCUAAUACUGAGGAUCAUGAAUAUGAGAGAAAGAAGCUUCUGGCAACUCAAGCCAUGCAGCAGAAGCCCGUGGUGACGGAGGUUCGAACCCCUACAGACACCUGGAGCGGCUUAGGCUUUUCAAAAUCGAUGCCUACUGAUGCUGUGAAAGAGCUGAGAGCCGUGAGCCGCCGCUGCUACAGACCCUACCACAACCAGCAGUCGUGGAGUUCACAGAGUGGAAAGGAACGCAGUUGGAACGGUAGCGACUCAGAAAACUGGAGAGAAAGACGUGGAUCUGUGUCUUCAUCACCACCUCCAUCAUCGUCCUCCUCAUCCUCGUUCCCUCCCUACAGUCUGUCAGCGUCCCGAACAUCAGAGGGAUACCUGACCGGUUCUGAGGGCGGGGCAUCCAGACAUUUGAUUGGCAGGUCUCCCAGUCCCUCCCACACAGACGAUCUUAUUGAGUUACUGGCACAGCUGGGGCUGGAGAAAUACAUCGAUAUUUUCCAACAACAGGAGAUCGAUUACCAGACGUUCCUGACGCUCUCAGAUGAGGAUUUAAAGGAAGUGGGUGUGAGCACGUUUGGAGCGCGACGCAAGAUGAUCCUCGCCAUCGCGGAUCUGAGCAAAAAGAGGAAGUUUCCAGAAGCGUCCAGCGUAAAGUCGGGAUACCUGGAGGGAGGCGCGAGCGGCCGUCUCCCUCGGAUCAUGAAUGAGGACGUGGCUGCCAAGAGUAACCGCUGGUGACGGGACGAUGUGACCGCUAUUGAGGUUUCUAUAAUGCACCUGGGGCCAGUUUGUGCUUUCUGUCAUGUGGCCCUCGGGGACCAAUCAAAGUGUGACUUGAUCGAUGAUUUCCAUAUAAGACAGAGAGGACAGAUGUGCUGUGGCUCUCAGAGGAAACAUGCAGAGAAGUGUGACCUUCAGCGUGAACCGACCGACCGCCCGUCCAGAACCCAUAAUUAGUAUGCAAGCCUUUGACUCUCUCUACCUCUGUUUCUCUGUCUACUGCAAUUCUAUGCAAAACUUUAUUUUCUUUAUGUAUUGAUCAAAUAUAAGAAUACUUUCAGACCAUGU